UACUUGUGAUUGAGCACUCUAGCACAGUUGUUUUGGAUACAUUUUAAAAGGUUUGCUACGUCGACAUUUUUGUCUUUCAGCAAAUAAUAAUGAUAGGUGUCUCUGGAAAUUAAAUGGAGGUUGAGAUGACUGGGAGCAUACAUUGUUUAACAUGGCUGCCAACGUUCACCCUGCAGAUGAGUUGAACAAGAUUGCAAACAAACUCGGAUGUGACGUCACAGAUUUGGAGUUUGCGAAUUACAUGGAUGAACAUGACGAACUACGUCACCUACGGAAUGACUUCUUCUACCCAAAAAUGAAAGACCUUAGUCGUACUGACGAGUCUUUGGUCGACCCCGAAGAGGACUGCAUGUAUUUCUGUUCGUACUCGGUCGGUCUGUGUCCGAAAACGACGGAGCAGUACGUAAAGGUCGAGUUGGCCAAGUGGUCCAAACAGGCAGUUGAGGGUUAUUUUGAAGGUGACCUACCCUGGGCGCUGUGUGACGAGCGACUGGACCAGAAGCUCGCUAACAUUGUUGGAGGGAAGAAAGGCGAAGUGGCCAUCAUGAAUGCUUUAACUGUCAAUCUUCACCUGUUGUUGAUUUCCUUUUAUCAGCCAACUGAAUCCAGAUACAAAAUAAUGUGUGAAGGCAAAGCUUUUCCAUCUGAUCACUAUACGUUCCAAAGUCAAAUACGUUUGCAUGGCUUUGACCCGGACACCAGUCUACUUUGUCUGGAACCAAGGGAGGGGGAAGUAACUCUUCGCACUGAAGACAUUUUGAAGAAGAUUGAUGAAGAAGGUGACAGUAUCGCAGUUAUCUGUCUCCCUGGUGUUCAGUUCUACACUGGUCAGUUUUUUGACGUUCCAACCAUCACGAAGGCCGGUCAGGCUAAAGGUUGCUAUGUCGGCUGGGAUCUGGCUCACGCUGUAGGGAAUGUACCCCUGGCCUUACAUGACUGGGGAGUCGAUUUCGCCUGCUGGUGCUCUAACAAGUACCUGUGUGCCAGUGCGGGCGGUGUUGCCGGGGCGUUUCUUCAUGAGAAACACAGUCUGAAUGACUUCCCAAAGUUACUGGGAUGGUGGGGCCACCACGUGGACACCAGAUUUAACAUGGAUAACAAGAUGGAUCUCAGCCCUGGUAUCUAUGGUUACCGAAUUUCGAGCCCUGCCAGUCUUCUGUCGCCUCCACUUAAAGCCAGUUUAGAGAUUUUUAACAAAACAACAAUGGAAGAUCUGCGCAAGAAAUCGAAACUCCUCACCGGAUAUCUUGAACUACUGAUCAACACGAAAUACAAACGACCGACGGACACGUCAAAGUCUGCACAGGACGAGGCGUACAUCGACGUACUUUCUCCCGUCGACCCCGAGCAGCGGGGGGCUCAACUGUCGCUGAAGUUCAGUGUCGACAUCCACGUGGUCUGUGAAGAACUCGUUAAACGAGGGGCAGUGUGUGACGUCAGACUUUCUCACGCCAUACGAGUUGCUCCCGCGCCUCUCUACUGUUCAUUCCAAGAUGUCCACCGCUUCAUGAAAUGUCUUGACAAGUCCAUAGCAGUAGCAAUAGCUCAAAAAUCUGUUUCUUAAAACAGCUUUAUUUCUCACCAUGAUAUUGAGUAACUCAGAGGCCGUCUUCACAAUAAGCGUGUUUGAAUUUUCGGGAUAGAAACACGAAACACGCACACACAGGCACGCGCGCACACACGCAUACCAAACAAGACAGUUUUGUUAAUUUGCAUAAAUGUAUAUGUUGCACAGGAAUAGGAUUAGGCUUUGGACACAGGGAUAGGAUUAGGGUUUGGACACUGAUCAAUAGGAUUAGGGUUUGGACACAGGGAUAGGGUUUGGACACAGGGAUAGGAUUAGGGUUUGGACACAGUGAUAGGAUUAGGGUUUGGACACAUGGAUAGGAUUAGGGUUUGGAGACUAAUAGGAUUAGCGUUUGGAUACAGGGAUAGGAUUAGGGUUUGGAUACAGGGAUAUGAUUAGGGUUUGGACACAGUGAUAGGAUUAGGGUUUGGACACAUGUAUAGGAUUAGGGUUUGGACAGGAAUAUGAUUAUCAUUUGGAUACAGGGAUAUGAUUAGGGUUUGGACACAUGGAUAGGAUUAGGGUUUGGACACAGGCAUAGGAUUAGGGUUUGGACACAUGGAUUGGAUUAGGAUUUGGACACAGGGAUAGGAUUAGGGUUUGGACACUGAUAGGAUUAGGGUUUGGACACUGAUAGGAUUAGGGGUUUGGACACUGAUAGGAUUAGGGUUUGCACACAGGGAUAGGAUUAGGGUUUGGACACAGGAAUAGGAUUAGCAUUUGGAUACAGGGAUAGGAUUAGGGUUUGGACACAGGAAUAGGAUUAGGGUUUGGACACAGGAAUAGGAUUAGCGUUUGAAUGCAGGGAUAGGAUUAGGGUUUGGAUACAGGGAUAGGAAUAGGGUUUGGCAUGCUAAGAGAUCAUAUAUUUUAUACUCUCGUACAUAUAAUAUAUUUAACGUAUAGGACAUAAUUAUUAUGUUAUAAUGAUUCAGUCGAUGUUUCUUCAUUGCAAAUUAAACCAGUGCAUUAUU